AUGUCCUGGCCUGGGCACCAGGGCUACCCCUUCAGUGUGCCAGACCCCCAAGGGCUCACACUCUUCAACAAGGGCAACAAUGGCUCCGAGCCCAAGCCUCCGGGCUGCAGCCCUUGCCACCCCCUGGGAGCUCUGCCCAGCCAGGCCACUGAGCGAGCCCCUGCUUGGAGCGUCCCCCUGUGCCACGCAGACGAGGACGAUGUGUUGUGCAGCCCUGGGGCCGUGGGGCUGGCGUCUGGCCCAGUUCUGGUGCCAACCCAAAUGACGAUGGAGUCUGUGCUGCACUGCGCAGCGGCGUCUGACUGCUCCCCCUGCGUGCAGGUCAAGCUGCAGCUGGCUGUGCUGGGGCCCCAGGAGGAGGUGGCAGGUGAGGGGACCCAAGAUGGACCUGGGAUGGACGCCCCGCGGCAUUGGGACAGUGGGCCCCUGCGGAGCUGGGUGCUGCUCUCGGUGCGGACUUACCCCUCCUCCCGCUGUGUCGCCAUCGAGGUCCAGCUGCCCCGCGCCCCGGCACGCCCCAAUGGCACUGUGGGCUCCAUGUGGUUUCACUGCUUCGAGGCGGCACUGCAAGGGGAGCUGCACGUCACGUCCUACACGAGUCCCCGGUACCGGGAGGUGCUGAGCCAGACGCACCGUGUGCCCGACUGUUCCUGGCCUGCAGCACAGGCUGCCAUCCGGGUGUGCCAAGGUAGGAGCUUUUACCCACUCUGUGCCAUGGGGGCACUUUGUGGCGCUGGCAGUUGCACGGCAGUGAGGGGGUGGCUAGGCUGGGUGGCGGGUGACCAAUGUCUCCUCUGUUCCUGUCUGCAGAGGGGGCUUCAGAACUACAGCCUGCCCUCCGCCCAGCUGCUGCCCUGCCUCUGUCUGCAGGUCUGGCCAGAUAUCCCGGAUCCCCCCAGGACCAGCCGCUGCCCCUUCACUAAGGAGCCUGCAGCGUGGACCCGGCUGUGGGCACAGGCCCAGCUGAAGCUGCAUCUCACUGGGGGGAGGCUGAGCUGCUCCGUGUCGGCGCCAUGCAUGGUGCCAGCCGACCUCGUGCCCUGCUGGAGGCUGAAGAGCGCCGGGCCCUGCCAUGAGCUGCCCCACCUGCGCCAGGCCCUCACCGUGCCUGGUCGCCACGAGUUUGGGACGUUGCAGCCUCAUCCGAACCUGUGUGUCCAGGUGUGGAGUGGUGGGCAGGUCCAGCUCAUGCAGUGCCUGCAGGAAGGUGCCCUGCGGGGCCAGCCGGCCAACCUCUUGCUGAUGGAGACCAGGGACCCACAGGGGAACAUGUCGCUCUGUGCCAUGGAGCGAGGCACCUGCACUCCACUGGCCAACUCCACCUGUAUGGGAGUUGGGGUGGGGGCCCUGGAGCAGCAGCUGCGAUGGGAUGUGCAGUCGGGGCAGUGUGUGCAGGUCUGGCGUGCGGAGGGCAGCGUGGUGGGCACCGGCUGGGCCUGCUCGCUGGAGAAGUAUCUCCGGGCCCGCUGGGCGCUGGCUUGGAUGGGGGUUCUCCUCAGCACCUUCUGCAUCCUGCUCCUGCUCCUGCUCAAGAAGGAAAAUCUGAAAGGGUGGCUGAAGAUGCUGAAGGAGGAUUAUAGCCCUGGGGGCGUGCUGCGGGGCCGGUGCGCCCUGAUCCUCUACUCGCCCGACCACGCCGGCUUUGAGCGGCUGGUGAGCACCCUGGCCUGCGCCCUGACACGGCUGCAGCUGGCCGUGUCAGUGGAGCUGUGGAGCCGGGCCGAGCUCUGUGCCAUCGGCCCCAUGCAGUGGUUCCAUGCCCAGCGGCUGCGGGUCCUACAGGAGGGCGGUACAGUGGUCCUGCUGUUCUCCAGGGGCGCCGUGGCCAGGUGCACGGAGUGGCUGCUCUGGAAGCCGGGGGAACUGCUGCCCCGGGAUGAUCCGUGCAGCGCCUUCUCAGCCUCCCUCAACUGCAUCCUCCCCGAUUUCCUGGCUGGCAAGGCUGGGGGCCGGUACCUGGUUGCCUGCUUUGAGGAUCUCCUCCAGCCGUCCGACAUCCCGGAGCUCUUCCGCUCCGUGCCCAUCUUCACACUGCCCUCCCAGCUGCCCACCUUCCUCCUGGCGCUGGCUGGCACUGCUGCUGGCAGGGAGCAGAAGAGCAGCCUGAAGAAGCACUCCCUGUGGAUCAGCAACAGCCUGCACCGCGCCAUCCAAGAGUGCCAACUGCAGGAGCCCAAUGGGCACUGCCCACCACAGGCGUCUGCCCUGCCUGGGAGCGGGCAGGUACUGAUGGGUGCAAAGAGUGAGGCUGGGGAGCUCUCUCCACCCAUGGGCUCCACGUGACUGAGACUCUGUCCACUGAGAAUCUGGGCACGGUCGGCAGACAGGAUACUGGGCUAGAUGGACCUUUGGCCGGACCCAGUGGGGCCAUUCUUAUGUUCUCCUGCCAAGCCAGAGUGUGUCUGCCACUGUCUCUGCACCAGCUGGGCUGGGCACGGAGGGCAAGGUUCCACUGGCACCUGGCUGGAGCAUAUGCCGGCAGGGCCUGGCCCCUGCCCUGUGGCGGGCUCUGCGGGACACUGCCCCACACUCCCAAUAAAGGCCUGUUAUUUUUCUAAUGGUGCUUGGGCGUUUCCUGGGCUCCGGGCUAGAAGCAAGUAGAUGGGUCCCGGCCAUGAGUGGGGCCGGGCUGUGCCAGGCCAGGCGGGGGCCCGGCUGUGACACCGGUGCCUGUGGGAGCCAGCUGAGGUCACUCAAUCAGGGUGAACUGCAAACAGAACGGGGCAGACAAACCCUAAACGCUGAUGGAUAUUCCAAUACUUAGAGUUA